AUGCGAAGCGACUGUAGACGAGGAAAAAAUCCAUCUACCGCCAAUACAUAUACAUCAGACAUACUUUCCACAUGUGUAAGUAAACUAUGUUAUCAUUUAUUUUGUCGACAAGAUAUUGCUAAAAAUUUUAUUGUUAAAGAAAAUAUUUCAUUAAUACUUAUUAUAAUGAUUAAUAAAUUGAAACAUGCACGACAAGUUUCUAUUCAAUUUAUUCAAGCAGUAAAACUUUAUGAUAGUAAUUCAAUUUUAUUUAUUACUGUUCUUAAUUUACUUUUGACUGAUUAUCAAGAUAUAUCAUUAUCUAUUGAAUUAUUAAAAGAAAUUUGUCAAACAAAUUUUGUUACAGCACAAGCUGAUAAUGCAGAUGCUAAAAAAAUGAUAACAUUUAUUAUUGAUAUGGUUAAAUUUGAUCCACAUACUAUUCGAACACAUAUUGAUCAAAUAAUUGAUUUAUUCACAGUAGAAGUAAAAUUUAAGAGAAAACAAAAGGAUUAUUACUUAACUAGCAAAUCAUAG